AUGCUGGAGAUCAACCAUGCGACACCUUCGCCCUCACUCCAGGACCAAUCCAAGAAACCAUGGCUCGUACAAAAGUUUGGUGGCACCAGCAUUGGAAAGUUUGUCGAGACCAUCACCGGGACCAUCGUCCAAUCAUAUCUCCCAACGAAUCGAGUGGUAGUGGUCUGCUCGGCAAGGAGUAGCGAGUCCAAGACUCUAGGAACGACCAACAGGUUACUGAGGGCAGCAGCGUCGGCUAUGGAACCUGGUUCGGUCGAAUUUAAGCAGACAGUCCAGGAUAUCAGAGAGGACCACAUCAAUACCGCCCGGCAACAUAUCUCGGACCCGCUUAUCUUGAAGCGCAUUGAAGACGAACUCAAUCAGGACUGUAACCGACUCCUCGCCUUCUUGAAGGCUGUGCAGACGAUCGAAGAGAUCUCGCCGAGAUCAAAGGACAUUAUCAUGGCAGUUGGAGAGAGAUUGUCCUGCAGAAUCGUAGCAGGGAUGCUGGAAGAUCGUGGAGUGGAGACCGAAUUCGUUAGUCUGGAGAGCGUCAUCGAGGCAGUGUUCGACGUGAACUGCUUGGAUCAAAACUUUUACGAUUAUAUGUCCAGAGUUUUUGCAGGCGUCAUAUCCAAGUGCGGCAACCGUGUUCCUGUCGUUACUGGUUUCUUUGGGCCAGUACCGGGCAGUCUGCUGACCAGCAUUGGUCGCGGUUACACAGAUCUCGCCGCAGCGCUCAUCGCGGUCGGAUUGGAUGCAGAGGAGCUACAAGUAUGGAAGGAAGUCGACGGGAUCUUCACUGCUGAUCCCCGCAAGGUUAAAAACGCACGCCUUCUUAACAUCAUCACACCCGAGGAAGCCUCCGAGUUGACGUACUACGGAUCCGAAGUCAUCCAUCCCUUUACGAUGGAACAGGUCAUCCGCGCCCAGAUCCCUAUUCGUAUCAAAAACGUUAUGAGCCCCAUGGGUCCAGGGACGGUCAUCUUUCCGGAUAAUGCCUCAGGAGUAUCGACGCCGACCGGACGCAUGACCCCUCCUCCGUCGUCGAAGGUCUUGCUCGAGAACGGAUAUCAACUGGAUCUGUCAAGGCGGCAUCCUACGGCGGUGACGAUCAAGGAUAAUGUGUGGGUCCUCAACGUGCACUCGAACCGCAAAUCGGUCUCGCAUGGGUUCUUUGCGCAGAUCUUUGGGACUUUGGACACGCAUGGGAUUGCGGUGGAUUUGAUUUCGACCUCGGAGGUGCAUGUUUCGAUGGCGUUGGGUGCGAAUGUGAACGAGAAGGCGAUGGAGAAGGCGAUGCGGCAGUUGAGGAGCAUCGGGACCGUGGAUGUGACCAAGGACAUGGCGAUCUUGUCGCUGGUCGGCAAGCAGAUGAAGAACAUGGUCGGUAUCUCGGGGAGGAUGUUCUCGACGCUCGCGAAGGCCGGGAUCAACUUAGAGAUGAUCUCGCAGGGCGCAUCCGAGAUUAAUAUUUCCUGUGUCAUCCUGGAGAGACAGGCACUUCAGGCGAUGAAUGUGAUCCAUGAGGAGCUGUUGAGUAAUGUGGGGAGAGAAGCCGAGUCCCAGUACUUUUAG